GAUGACGAUGGUGGUGAGGACUCUGGUGAUGGCGGCCGGACCACCACCGACACCACCACCACCACUGCUACCACCACUACAACCACCACCACCACCGCCAGCCCAGGGCCUUCGACCAGCCGUGGCUCGGGUGCCUUCGGACCCUCUCCGCCCAGGCCUUCGACCAGCCGUGCCUCGGGGGGUGCCUUCGGACCCUCUCCGCCCAGGCCUUCGACCAGCCGUGCCUCGGGGGGUGCCUUCGGACCCUCUCCGCCCAGGCCUUCCACCAGCCGUGCCUCGGGGGGUGCCUUCGGUACUACCUCUCCGCCCAGGCCUUCCACCAGCCGUGCCUCGGGGGGUGCCUUCGGUACUACCUCUCCGCCCAGACCUUCCACCAGCCGUGCCUCGGGGGGUGCCUUCGGUAUCUCUCCGCCCAGACCUUCCACCAGCCGUGCCUCGGGGGGUGCCUUCGGUAUCUCUCCGCCCAGGCCUUCGACGAGCCGUGCCCCCUGGGGAUUUUUUUCGCGCCGGUCCGGCUCAAACGUCACCGACUUGUCGUCUAAGAGCCUGGAUUUCACGUGCAUGGACUUUAGUUUGUCACCCGUCAAGACGACGACUAGCACCGCGACGACUACCACCGCGUCGACUAGGCCUUCGCCUCCACCCAGACCUUCGACCAGCCGUGCCUCGGGGGGUGCCUUCGGUAUCUCUCCGUCCAGGCCUUCGACGAGCCGUGCCCCCUGGGGAUUAUUUUCGCGCCGGUCCGGCUCAAACGUCACCGACUUGUCGUCUAAGAGCCUGGAUUUCACGUGCAUGGACUUUAGUUUGUCACCCAAGACGACGUCUAGCACCGCGAAGUCUAGCACCGCGAAGUCUAGCACCGCGAAGCCUAGCACCGCGAAGUCUAGCACCGCGACGUCUAGCACCGCUGGCACCGCGACUACUGGCAUCCUGACUAGCACCCCGAUCCGGACCACAACAUCCACUACAACCACCCAGCCUACCCGCACUACGACGACCAGUGCCACUAAUAGUGACCACUGCAUGGGUUCACCACCUAAGGCUUCGGGUAAGCGGCGGCGGGACGACGACGACGACGACGAUGAGGAGGAGCAGCCGCGCGCGCCAACCCCAACCCUUCCUCCGAAGCGGCGGCAGCGGCGCGAUAGCGAGGAUGAUCCGCCCGCUCGCCCUCCCCUUCGCCGGUCGGUCCGCGUGACAAGGCAGCCGCAGCGGUACGGCGUUGCCGCCCAGUAACACCACCACCACCACCACCACCACCACCACCACCUCCACGCAAACUAUGUAUUUGAGAGGUUGCAUGUUAGAUGGGGUCACCUCUUGGAGGAUACUUUGAGUAAACUAGUUGUGUGGUUCAUGGAACGUGGAGUUUCAGAACAAAGAUCAAGACUCCCAUUAGUUAAAGGAUUUUAUGUUGUUAUGUUAAUUCUGUUCGUGUAUCAGUUUUUGAUGUUCGAACUUGAGCUGGUGCUCUGGCACAGCUAAACUAGAUUUAGCUGAUAAUAAGAAAUAUUGAAUGUAUAUCUGGUUGUAUAUUGGAUGCGAUCACCUCCUGGAGGAUUUUUAUGUAACUAGUUGUGUGGUGGAUGGAACAUGGAGUUUCAGAACAAAGACUCGUAUUAGUGCAAGGAUUUUAUGAAGUUGUUGAUCCUAUCCUUCUAUCAGUAUUUGAUGCUCCACCUUGAGCUUGUGAUCUGACACAGUUAAAAUAAAUUUAGCUGAGUUGGAGUAAAAUCUUGAAUAUUGCUCUGGUUGCUUCUUAAACGCGACCAUGUCUUGGAAGUUGCCUUCAGGAAAAUGGAAGCUUGAAGGAAAGACUUUUCAGAAGUGUAAGCUUAUCAUAAGCUUUGAUUGAAAGGAAGUUCUUGAUUGUUAUCACCUUUUAAAAUUCUUUCUCUUGGUAUUGAGGAAGCUCUUCAGAGAGCUUGAAUUAGGAGGUUGUUUUAUGACAGUGUAGCUAAUAUAAGGGCCAUAUGCAGAGAGUUCUGAGGUUGAUGGAACGUGUCGUUUUAGAACACUCAGACUUCUAAUGCAGGAUUUUAUGAAGUUGUUGAUCCUAUCCUUGUAUCAGUCUUUGAUGCUCACACUUGAGCUUGUGAUCUGACGUAGUUAAAAUAGAUUUAGCUGAUUCGGGGAAGAAUAUUGAAUAUUGAUUUGGUUGCUUCUUAAACGCGACCACGUCUUGGAGGUUGUCUUGAGGAAAGCGUUAGCCUCAAGGAAUGACCUUUCAGACUUGUGAACUUAUCAUAACCUUUGAUUAAGAGGACCGUAAUGAUUUUGAAGGUCCAUCCUAGGUGUUCGUUUUCCUGUUAACGCAUGAGUAGAAGCAAGAUAAAGAAAGCCACAUGUUCUUUGAAGUAAAGAUUAGGACAUAAGGCUUUGCCAUUUGAACCAAAUGGCAUACUCAGAUCAUAAUGGUUAAAUAUGUGCAUUCAUCGCAUGAACUGUCAUGCUUGUCAAGACAGAUCAGAGACUUUGGCGAACUCUGUACUCCAGAGUUGGGUGUAGUGAAGUGAGAAGCAGUCAUCCAAGAGUUGAGUCCUGGCUGCUUCAAUCCAACCUGUGAAGAGAGUGGUGGAUGCGUCUUGUUGACCAGCUUGUAAGCCAUGUGCUUGACCCUCAUUUGUUCUAUUGUGAGUAAGAAUAUAUCCCAGUACUGUAAAUUCUGAGAGCGUGGCGGACAAGAGUUUCAAGUGUCCUUGCCAAAACUGCACAUUUGUGCACUUGUUGACCAAGUUCUAUAUUAUAUGUUUAUCUUCUGAAUCAAUUGCGUUAUGAGCUUGCGCUUAGUUAUUGUGUUUGGCAAGAGGUCCCUUCAAUACUGGCUCUUGUUAAUGAUUGACAAUGGCUUUUGAACUAUUUUCCUAAUUUCUGGAGCAUUUGCUAACAAUUGGAUGUAUUAUACCUUGUAGGUAACUUGCCCAGAAUUUCCUUUGGAUCAGUCUUUACUUGAAAAUUCCAAGUCAAUUUUUGUUGCUUAUUUGUUGUGUAUUGUGAAGUGCACCACCAUAUUCAAACAGAGUCUCAAAUUUAUAGUUAAUAUUGACAGUUUGUCCUGUUGCCCUCUUGAUCUGCUGAUGUGUAGCAGAAUGGCAGGUUCGUUUUGUCACAAGUUUUUCACUCAUUGAGCAUUAGAGUAUGGAGAAUUCACAUUCCGUCCAUUUUCCUUUCCCUCAUUCGAAACCCUUAAGAGCAGUGCAGUAUUCAUAUCUUGUUUCUUAGUGCCCAUUCCAACAGUGUUCAAGCCUUUCUUCAUUUCUCUCUUUCAAAGAAAAGCGCCUUGGUUGUUACAACCGUUCAAGUUAAGGAUAGAUGGAGAUUUGUUGACUCGCUUGUCUUAAACUUAAUGAUAGUAUCCGUGUGAAAGGGCGCCAUUUCUCAUGGAUACUCUAAGCAAAUUUUUUGGAAGAACAUGAAGUUGUAUUAAGAAUGAAUGAAUGAAUGAAUGUAUGUGCUAGUCUGGUGAUAACAUGUGUGAGAGGUGGUGGUGGUAUUAGUCACACAGCUUGGGGCCCCCUGUGUUUAGAUGGUGGGAGUUCAUAGUAUUUUGUGUGCUUCAAUGUUCUUCCGAAAAUUUGUAUGUGAACAGCGAGUUGAAGCGGGAAGCAGGCAGGCGCGGAUUUGGGGGAGGGGUAAUGGGGGUAAUCCCCCCUCGCUCAUGUACCGGAAGGGAAGGGCCCGCAAUCGCCGCAAUCGCCUGGAAGGCAUGUAACAGGCACUACUUUGCCCCUGUAUGCAGGCAAGAAGCACUGCCUCACCCCCUCCUUGGGAAAACCCCGGAUCCGCGCCUGAAGUUAGGAGAUUGAUUACCCAGAUUAUACAAUUGCCAAUUUGGGCAAUCCAUGUUGCAAGGAUAGUAUUUGAGCCCUCAUCUAUUGAUUGGAGGGAAAAUUCAGCAGAGUAUAAGAGUGAAAGCACAGACUCUGUGUCUUCCUCUCAAGCCUGCAUUGAUCAUGUCCCAUAGAAUCUCUCAACAUGUGGCAAAUGGAUGCGGCGCGCUUACUGCAUUCGUGUGUUCGUACCUGUGUUACUACAAGUAACAUAUUGAAGCCGAUGCUUCAUGAAGGCUCUUUUCUUUAGUAAAGCAGUUUUCGAUUGUCCAGUUUACAAUUCUUCCGUUUCCAUAAUAUAGAUUUUGACAAUUGUCCAUGGGCUGAACACCUCGUCCUCUUUCUAGCUCCGAUAAUCACUUUCUACCUGUCCAAUGUCUCUCUCACUUUCAAGUCACUGCGUCACAAAACCUCAUUGAUUCACUCGCAUUUGUCCCUUUUGCCUACGUCUUCAUCCUUUUUGAUGAGUGAGCGUAAUUCAUUGAUUUUCUUAAUAUUUGGCCUGCCAAUGUGACAAUAGCAACAAGCCCCCUAUGAAUUUCGACUCUGUUUGUUUAUGACACGUCUUAGCUUCCAAUGGCUCUAAAGUGCACUGUUUAAAUUUUAGUUGGCUGCUUCAGAGAGGGCACAGAUAUGCUUAGUUUUCUCGUAAUUAUAUGUGCCUCUGGAUUUCAAGUGUAAAUUCUGAUCUGGAAGAUAUAAACGGGCAAGCAUUGAAUACUAUACAAUACAAUGUAAUAAUGUUGUAAAAGCCAGUUACAUGAGCCUUUGUUGAUGCCUUUCUUCCAUUCACUUUGAUGCUAGUGUUUGUCAACUGCUCAUGCUUGUUGAUAGGCAGUUUCAUUUUAUUUUGAAAUGUUAUGUGCGCAAGUCAGACAGGAAUGUUUUGGUGUAUGAUUAGCCGUUACUUUUCACAUGUUACUUAUUAUUCAAUUAUUUAUGAUGCUGUGAUGUUUUUGGAUCUGGAGUUCUGAUGUGAAGUUUCAUUCAAUUGGGAACUAUGUUUGUGGCAGAAGUGUGUCUUACGUAUAUCACUACUUCAAUUGUUUCUUUAAUUUGGGUUUCACUGUUUGUAUUUUAUGCUCCAUUACAUCAGUGAGUAGAAGUUUGUUAUCAUCCUUACCAAUUUGCAUGUUUAUUGUUUUUGUUGUUAAUUGUUAGCUUCUCUUGUUUGUGUUGUAAGUUCUGUAUCAUCUGAGAUAGGAUUUGUUUGUAGAUAUAAUAAUAGGCAACAUUAAGUAUAUGUAUUUUUGUUACAAUGCAAUAGCAUAUUUUUAAAGAUUAUAUGGUGUAUAAUUGAUAAAGAACAGAAAGAAAGAAAUAUUGUUACAAAAUAAUGUUAAAGUAACAUAAAAAAUUGUAAAAAAAAAAAGAAGGUAAAAAUAAAGUGUUAAAAAAGAUUUAAAAAAAAGAUACAUAAGUUAAAAAAAAAAGUUUUAAGAGUUGAAAAAAGGAAAAAAGUAUAAUGAAUCAAAAGUAAAACAAAAGAAACAAAUGUUAAAAAAAUAUUUUUUUAAAAUGGCGGAAUUAAAAAGAAAGUGAAAUGUUAAUUUUUGAAUUGCAACUUGAACACAGCUUGACGCAGAACACUCGUUAAUUGUUAAUCACUUCGUGAGAGUUAGUUCAAUUACAUUUGUGUCUCUCCAGUGGUAUGAAACUCAAAUGGAAAGAAGCUGAAGCUUUGCAGUUGCUGUUAUCGCCUAUGAGAUGCCAAAACCCGUGAGUCCCAGGUCUUAACAACCUGGUCAGGUCACUAUGGUAUUUUGGAGCCAUGUGGAAGGUGGUGACUGGGCUGCCUUAUGGAGGGACCUUGAAAAGUCGACAUCAGAAGAGUUGUUGUUGAUGAUGAAGGUAGUGAGAAGUAUCGAAGACCAGCUGUUGUUGGCGUUGAACCUCUUGAUGUCUGAAGAAAUCCUACCUGUAAUAUGCUAGAGACAAUAUGGAGCCAGCUUUUGCUUCGUAAUGAACCAUUUGAGAGGCUGCUCUGUUUGCUAAUGAGUUCGUUUACAUUCCUGGUUGGGUAACUUUCAAUUCAAAUUGCAUUGAAAUGCCAGCCCUUUUUUUAGAAGUCUGUGGAAGGUCUGAUUAUGACAUGGAAGACCCUCUGAGUUCAAGAUGUUGCUGACACCUCAUGGUGUGCUUGGGGAUUUAUCUAAAUAUCGAGCUUCAAUACUGAGAAAACCAGUAUUUGGAUUUGAUAUCUAUAGAAGCUAGAUCAAUGAAGUGGUGAUGAUUUUUGAAACUGUGACAACAUAUUUUCUCGUUUGUGGCACAACCUCUCAUCAUUUUGUGAGUGAUUUAUUUGUGCUCAUACCGUGGUAUGAAGCUGAAAUCGAAAGCGGCUGAAGUUUCUGUUGCUGAUCCUCAAGAAGGUGCCAAAGCUCAUUGAGUUCUACAAGACGUCCGGCUCAGCUAUGACAGACGUGGAAGAAACGCAAUGAAGCUCACCAAGUUGAAGGACUAAGCUACGUAGCACAUGAUCCUACCCAGCUUACCGUAUCGCCUCGUUGAAGAGGUUCGCAGCGGCAUGUCCGAAGUCCCAUCGGAGUCUCGUGGCCUCAUGUAUUUCCCUGUACAUGCCGCUGGAAGAAGAAAGGACUCAUCCUUCACCGGAUAUACUCACUCUUCGUUCGCGUCCCGCGCAGCGAUGACACACCUGCGCAUCGCCUGUAUGAUGGCAGCGCUUGCAUCAUGCACAUUGGCUUCCAGGUCGGCCCUGCAAGCAGAACGGACAGUGGGCCGGGGGCAGCCGCCGCCAUGGCUAGCUGACCCCGCUUGACGUGGUUGUCAAUGGCCGACUGCAGCGCCUCCUCCAGGUUGGGGGGUGCCUCCCCCGGGAGUGGAAGGUCGCUCAAGUUGGUUCCGCAGUACGCCCGAAGAUACCUCGAAAAGUUGUUGUAUUGAGCAACAUGUAAGGAACGCAUUGUGAUCGAAUUGUGGGCACGACCGCCGGAUGUGGAAGGACCUGUGGCGGAACGUGUUCAAGGGCUCAGCGCAGAACUCGCACCGCAUCUUCCCUGGUGUUGGCGCAUAGCCAGGGAGAUUCGCCGUGGGCAUCCAUUCGCCUUCAGCACCGGAGACGUCCACCUCACAGGUGGCGAUGAGCUCGUACACCUCUGUGAGAGACCCCCAUCUCCACAACCUGGAUGCCAGGGAAACGGUCAUACUCAAAUUGCUGGCGCCGCACAUAGGACUCCUCAACAGACCGUCCUGCAUAACGAAAGGGAAAUGUUUAGCACACUGUUCUUGGACGGACAUGCCUUGCAAGUGAUGUACCCUGACACUCCAGCGGCAACACCAUGCCUUUAUGGUUUGUCACUGCAGUAAUGAAGCAGCAGCUCACAAGCCAAGGCCAUUGUUUGGUUGUGCGUGGCCUGCUUGUUCAUGAGCGGAAAAGUGUCCGUUUCUGUAAUUCGCAGCACCAUUAACAUUUUGACCUAAAUGGCUUCUGACAUCUCAGUGAUUAUUUAUUUGUUUUUGCUGUGGUGGUCAAAAUACAAAUGUCACGUAGUGAGAGGUAGUACAAGUACAUUUCUGUCUCUAUGGUGGUAUGAGACUCAAAUGGAAAGAAGCUGAAGCUUUGCAGUUGCUGUUAUCGCCUAUGAGAUGCCAAAACCCGUGAGUCCCAGGUCUUAACAACCUGGUCAGGUCACUAUGGUAUUUUGGAGCCAUGUGGAAGGUGGUGACUGGGCUGCCUUAUGGAGGGACCUUGAAAAGUCGACAUCAGAAGAGUUGUUGAUGAUGAUGAAGGUAGUGAGAAGUAUCGAAGACCAGCUGUUGUUGGCGUUGAACCUCUUGAUGUCUGAAGAAAUCCUACCUGUAAUAUGCUAGAGACAAUAUGGAGCCAGCUUUUGCUUCGUAAUGAACCAUUUGAGAGGCUGCUCUGUUUGCUAAUGAGUUCGUUUACAUUCCUGGUUGGGUAACUUUCAAUUCAAAUUGCAUUGAAAUGCCAGCCCUUUUUUUAGAAGUCUGUGGAAGGUCUGAUUAUGACAUGGAAGACCCUCUGAGUUCAAGAUGUUGCUGACACCUCAUGGUGUGCUUGAGGAUUUAUCUAAAUAUCGAGCUUCAAUACUGAGAAAACCAGUAUUUGGAUUUGAUAUCUAUAGAAGCUAGAUCAAUGAAGUGGUGGUGAUUUUUGAAACUGUGACAACAUAUUUUCUCGUUUGUGGCACAACCUCUCAUCAUUUUGUGAGUGAUUUAUUUGUGCUCAUACCGUGGUAUGAAGCUGAAAUCGAAAGCGGCUGAAGUUUCUGUUGCUGAUCCUCAAGAAGGUGCCAAAGCUCAUUGAGUUCUACAAGACGUCCGGCUCAGCUAUGACAGACGUGGAAGAAACGCAAUGAAGCUCACCAAGUUGAAGGACUAAGCUACGUAGCACAUGAUCCUACCCAGCUUACCGUAUCGCCUCGUUGAAGAGGUUCACAGCGGCAUGUCCGAAGUCCCAUCGGAGUCUCGUGGCCUCAUGUAUUUCCCUGUACAUGCCGCUGGAAGAAGAAAGGACUCAUCCUACACCGCACAUACUCACUCUUCGUUCGCGUCCUGCGCAGCGAUGACACACCUGCGCAUCGCCUGUAUGAUGGCAGCGCUUGCAUCAUGCACAUUGGCUUCCAGGUCGGCCCUGCAAGCAGAACGGACAGUGGGCCGGGGGCAGCCUCCGCCAUGGCUAGCUGACCCCGCUUGACGUGGUUGUCAAUGGCCGACUGCAGCGCCUCCUCCAGGUUGGGGGGUGCCUCCCCCGGGAGUGGAAGGUCGCUCAAGUUGGUUCCGUAGUACGCCCGAAGAUACCUCGAAAAGUUGUUGUAUUGAGCAACAUGUAAGGAACGCAUUGUGAUCGAAUUGUGGGCACGACCGCCGGAUGUGGAAGGACCUGUGGCGGAACGUGUUCAAGGGCUCAGCGCAGAACUCGCACCGCAUCUUCCCUGGUGUUGGCGCAUAGCCAGGGAGAUUCGCCGUGGGCAUCCAUUCGCCUUCAGCACCGGAGACGUCCACCUCGCAGGUGGCGAUGAGCUCGUACACCUCUGUGAGAGACCCCCAUCUCCACAACCUGGAUGCCAGGGAAACGGUCAUACUCAAAUUGCUGGCGCCGCACAUAGGACUCCUCAACAGACCGUCCUGCAUAACGAAAGGGAAAUGUUUAGCACACUGUUCUUGGACGGACAUGCCUUGCAAGUGAUGUACCCUGACACUCCAGCGGCAACACCAUGCCUUUAUGGUUUGUCACUGCAGUAAUGAAGCAGCAGCUCACAAGCCAAGGCCAUUGUUUGGUUGUGCGUGGCCUGCUUGUUCAUGAGCGGAAAAGUGUCCGUUUCUGUAAUUCGCAGCACCAUUAACAUUUUGACCUAAAUGGCUUCUGACAUCUCAGUGAUUAUUUAUUUGUUUUUGCUGUGGUGGUCAAAAUACAAAUGUCACGUAGUGAGAGGUAGUACAAGUACAUUUCUGUCUCUAUGGUGGUAUGAGACUCAAAUGGAAAGAAGCUGAAGCUUUGCAGUUGCUGUUAUCGCCUAUGAGAUGCCAAAACCCGUGAGUCCCAGGUCUUAACAACCUGGUCAGGUCACUAUGGUAUUUUGGAGCCAUGUGGAAGGUGGUGACUGGGCUGCCUUAUGGAGGGACCUUGAAAAGUCGACAUCAGAAGAGUUGUUGAUGAUGAUGAAGGUAGUGAGAAGUAUCGAAGACCAGCUGUUGUUGGCGUUGAACCUCUUGAUGUCUGAAGAAAUCCUACCUGUAAUAUGCUAGAGACAAUAUGGAGCCAGCUUUUGCUUCGUAAUGAACCAUUUGAGAGGCUGCUCUGUUUGCUAAUGAGUUCGUUUACAUUCCUGGUUGGGUAACUUUCAAUUCAAAUUGCAUUGAAAUGCCAGCCGUUUUAUUAGAAGUCUGUGGAAGGUCUGAUUAUGACAUGGAAGACCCUCUGAGUUCAAGAUGUUGCUGACACCUCAUGGUGUGCUUGAGGAUGUAUAUGAAUAUGCUACUUAAAGCUGAGAGAACUGGUAUUUGGAUGUGAUGUCCACGUAAGCUACAUUAAUGAAGUGGUGGUGAUUUUUGUAACUGUGACAACAUAUUUUCUCGUUUGUGCUGGUUUACACCUUAUCACUUUGGGAGGUUGCGAGCUCACUUCAUUGUGAUUAUUUAUUUGUCGAGCUAGCUUAGCAGAAUUGAUCAAAAGCAACGGAAGAUCCUCCGACAACAGCCCAGACCGUCAUACACUAAUUGAAGUUAAGGUUAUUGAUGGAUUAGGACGGGAGGCUUUGCCAUUUGAACCAAAUGGCAUACUCAGAUCAUAAUGGUUAAAUAUGUGCAUUCAUCGCAUGAACUGUCAUGCUUGUCAAGACAGAUCAGAGACUUUGGCGAA